AUGGUCAACAUCGUCCAACUCACCACAGGUCUUUUGGCAGCCUCUGGGCUAGCCAAGCGAGCAGACAACUCGUCUCAUCAAAUCCAGGUCCCGGACAUUGGCAACGAGGCUCUCCUAGAGUGGGGAUUCCAGGAGGCCCAGAAGAUCUUCAACACCUCGGCUUCCAACUGCACAAAGUGCCAACAGGGUAUCAAUCUCGGCAAAUACAUCACCCUCAAGGCCCCCACAGUCACCCCAAACCUCAUGGUGAAGCUCUGCAACUUCUACAAGUGGCAGGACGACUGCGACUCCUACCAGGGAGCCAGCAUCACCAGAGGCAACCAGGGCAAACAUCUGGCCCAGGUCUUUACUCUGAUGGACGCCUUUGGACUCGAUGGCCAAGCUCUAUGCAACGGAUUCGCUCCACUUACCUGCGAUCGUGUCCAGGUGCCGGUUCCGGACUUGUCUUCCUGGUGGCCAGAGAAGCCCAAAAACCCAAAGAAAAUCGAAUCGUCCUACAACGAGACCUUCAACGUGCUGCACAUCUCCGACUUCCAUCUAGAUCUCAGAUACACGCCCGGACAAGAGGCCUGGUGCGACGACUACAUGUGCUGCACAGUCGAGUCCCAUAACGAGGCGGCUAUAGCUGCUGGUCUCAAUCGGACCGUCUUGCCGGCCCAAAAACUCGGCUCGUACCAUUGUGACUCGCCCGAGGCACUCGUUGAAGACUCCAUGAAGUCUGUGGGUGCCAUGUCGCUCGCCCGAGACUUUGAAUUUGGACUCUUCACUGGCGACAUGGUGUCGCACGAUCUCGAAGACUGGCUCUCCUUCGCUCACUCCUACCAGUCGGAAGAAGAAUGCUACUACCUGAUGAAAAAGUACAUGGGCGACAUUCCCGUCUAUCCGACUUUUGGCAACCACGACUCGUAUCCUUAUGGGCAGGUGGCCCAGAACUCCUCUGGUUUUGCCGGCGACUUUUCCUGGAACGCUGAACUGUCGGCCAAAAUGUGGAAGGACUUUGGGUGGAUCAAUGAGACCACCGAGGCCCAGGCCGAACAUACCUACGGGUCUUUUGCAGUCACUACCAAACGUGGCCUGAGAGUCAUUUCGCUUGACUCGAAUCUGUGGUACUCAGGAAACUACUACAACUUCUGGAACAUCACCGACCCCGACCCAUCUGGCCUGUUCCACUGGCUGGUGGACGAGCUUCUUUUGUGCGAGAAACUCGGACAAAAGGCCUGGAUCAUGGCUCAUAUUCCCGCUCAGGACUUGGGGGCAACGGGAUGGAACUCGGAGGUGUUCAGACAAGUGAUCAGACGCUUUUCUCCCCAUGUUAUUGCCGCCACCUUCUUUGGACACACCCAUGCCGACCAGUUCAACCUCUUCUACGAAAAAGACAAUGUAUGGACAGAGGAGAGUGCUCUAGCGGUUGGCUGGAUCACCCAGUCGGUGACCCCCGUCGACCUCUACAACCCAGCCUGGAGAUACUACGAGGUGGACACCAAGACGUUUGAGAUUAUGGACUCCCGAAACUACUAUUCUCCCCUCAACGAGACGUACGACUACGACCUUGCCAAGUCCAAGAAUCACACAGUAGCCAACAACUACACUGUGGCGGUCUAUGAGCCCCAGACUCCUCGGCACUUGACCUGGAGAUGGGAGUACUCUGCCCGAGACUCCUACGACUUAAACGGCACCUGGCCUAAGGAUGCUCCUCUCAACGCCACCUUUUGGCACCGAGCAGCCAAGGCGAUUCUGGAAAACCCGGAGCAGAACCAGCUGUAUUGGGAUCACUACUACCGAAAGUCCCCGUAUACCCCAAACGAGUGUGAUCAAGAGUGUCUGCUGGAUGCGUUUUGUUCGUUUGUGACGAGCUCGUUGGAUGAGAGAUUUGCGUGUUUGCAGUCCAAAAAUAUGACUCAAUUGUGA